AUGGAGUCGACCUUGUAUAAUGUUGCGAUGAGAGGCAAUAUCGGAGAUGGCAAUUUUCUGCUUCUUGAUCAUUUGAAAAAGAAUGAAGAAAAUGGCGACCAAGUCACUCCAAAGGGCAACACGGUCCUCCAUGUCGCAUCCCUCUAUGGCAACUCCUAUUUCGUGGCAGAAGUCCUAAAGAUCACUCCGUCAUUGUUAUGCUAUCAAAACAAGAAAAAUGAAACCGCUCUUCACAUAGCAGCUAAUGAAGGACACAUUGAAGUAGUACAUGGGCUACUUGCACGUAUAGAAGAUCAUGAUACUAAGGAGAAACUCACGAGGAUGACAGGAGCUAGUGGAGAUACAGCCCUGCACAAGGCCGUGCGGAGCCAACAUCUAGAUGUGGUUAAGAUCUUGGUGAAAGAAGAUCCUGAAUUUGAAUUCCCGCCUAACCAUGCGCAGGAGACGCCAUUGUAUCUGGCGGAUGAAUCUGGUUUUCAUGAUGCUCUGAUUAACAUCUUGGAAUCCUGCAAGAAACCAAUUUAUGCUGCAAGUCCAUCUAAUAGAACGCUGCUGCAUGCAGCAGUAAUUCAGGAACAUAAAGAUUGCAUUAGAUCACUAUGGCGUUGGAAUAAGCCUUUAUGCGAGGAACUUGACUUAUGGGGUUGGAAUUCACUGCACUAUGCUGUUAAAUUAGGAUUGGAAGACGUAGUUUCUGAUAUGCUGGGGUGGAAAAAAUCCUUAGUAUACCUUCCGACAGGCAGUGAAAAUGACUGGACGAUAGCAAUUCACAUUGCAGCCAGUAAAGGUGAUAUAAACAUGAUAAAUAAGCUGUUAAAUCACCGCCCCGAUUGUUGGGAUAUGCUUAACAGCAACAAUCAAAAUGCUCUUCAUGUUGCCGUACUAAACAAUCAAGACAAGGUAGUCCGCUUCUUAUUAGACUCUGAUAAGUGUGACAACCUUGUUGAUGAACCAGAUAGUGACGGCAACACUCCUCUCCAUUUGGUUGCUGUCUCUGGUAACCAUGUGCCUGAAUUAAUAAACCAUCCUAGAGCAAAGCCGAUGUCAUUUAUCAAACAAAACCAGACCCCACUUGAUACAUCGUUGUUAUGCACAGUGACAACAAAGAAGGUAAGCGGUCGCACAUUUGAGAAAUUGGUGGAGGAUUUGUGUAGCAUCGGCCGAUUUGGAAAACAUGACUUUGAGGUAAAGCGGAAGUACGAGUACAUGCACAAUCCAAAUGAUGAAACGGGAACAGGAGUCAAAAUGCAACUGAGGGAAGUUGAUCACGAUAAAGCUAAAAAGGCAGAUCAAACAGAAGUCGAAAGUAUUAUGAAGGCAGCUCAAAUUCAUAUUGUUAUGGCCACUUUGAUAAUGACAGUCACUUUUGCCGCUGGUAUCACAUUGCCAGGAGGUUUUGAGAGUGACUCCAAUUGUCCUAAUCAAGGGAUGUCGAUUCUAAUAAGGAAAACAACAUUUCGUGCAUUUGUUGUUUCUGAUGCCAUUGCCUUCACAUUCUCAGUUGUUGCCAUAUUCAUCUACUUCCUCAUGGCAGAUACAAGUAGAAAUCCUCAAAGUAAGAAAAUUGUAAAGAAGCUUUAUGAUCUCGCAGUUAUUUUUCAGUGCUUGUCAAUGUUAGCAGUUGUAAUUGUAUUUGCAACGGGUAUGUUUGCUACCUUAUACAUUCCCUUGGUCUUGCCGUUACUGUCUGUUCCAUAG